AACCGCUGUUUUCUGUAGUGUACACACGCGGCGACAUGACAUCUUUUCGCAAUCAUUCAAUUUGAUUGCAUUACGUACUGUAACUAAUGGGCGUUAUGUAGCAAACAAAUAUUCGAAGUGAUGCUGUAACAUUAACUUAUUAAACGUUUAGUUCUAAAUUUCAGUGAUUUUUACUUAAAAUUAAAAAGACAAGAAAAGCUGGAAGAAAAUUUUGGAAGUCUUUGUAGCAUUACAUUUUGCCAAGAAAGUCCUUUUAUGAAGCAAUUGCAACUACUGGAAAUUAAUUUUCAAGUUUGAUGGAAUGGAACAGUUUCCGUUAUCAUAUGCUAAGAUGGCAGGAACAAAGCAAGAUUUAAAAUGCCAAAGUGAUGAUGAUAGCAUCUACCAUAUUCCCCCAUAUUACUACUUGCACGUGUUAGACCAGACAACUAAUGUAACAAGAGUCGAAGUUGGACCACAAAACUACAUUCGGAAAAACAAUGAAAGGAUCAUUUUUGGUCCUGGGAGAAUGGUGAUCGUUCCUCCUCGUCAUUACUGUGUCAUCCAGAAUCCUGUGGUGCAUGACGUUGAUAAUUCAAUCCAAUAUGAUGCUGCUGGUCAGGUCAAGCUACAGCAUGCAGAUUUAGAAAUUAGAUUGGAGCAGGAACCAUUUCCUCUUUAUCCUGGAGAGUCUCUUCAUGUGGACAUUACACUUUUAAAAGUUGUACCGUCAAACACAGCACUCAGGCUUCGAGCUCUCAGGGAUUUCGAGGAUGGAGACGACAAAAAGGUUGCUGGUGAUGAGUGGCUGUUUGAAGGCCCAGGGACGUACAUUCCUCGUAAGGAGGUUGAAGUGGUGGAAACAGUGAAAGCUUUUGUAAUCAAACCAAACCAGGCUUUAAAACUUCGGGCUCGCAUAGAGACAAGAGACAGAGAUGGAAAGAUAAGGGUCUGUGGAGAAGAGUGGCUUGUCAGGAAGACAGGUGCUUAUCUGCCUGGAGCUUAUGAAGAAAUUGUUGACAUUGUUAAUGCAUAUGUUUUGACAGAAAAGGAAGCAGUACAAGUAAGGGCAACUUGUACAUUUUGUGAUGACCUGGGAGUCAGAAGAAAGAAUGGAGAGGAAUGGUUGAUUAAAAUGGUUGACACAGAAACUUACAUACCGGGAGUAUACGAGCAGGUAGUUGGUGUUGUACCUAUUACAACGUUAUCUAAACGCCAGUACUGCAUUAUUCUUGAUCCUGUUAGUGAAGAUGGGAAACCUCAGCUAGGCCGGAAGAAACUGGUUAAAGGUGAAAUAUCUUUCUUUCUGAUGCCUGGAGAAAGACUAGAGAAUGGUAUUCAAGAUAUCUACGUUCUGGGAGAAAAUGAAGGAUUGAUCCUACGAGCCAAAGAAUCUUUUACAGAUGAUACUGUCCUGCCAGCUGUUAAGAGAAAACCAGGUGAUAAAUGGAUGAUCCGUGGUCCAGUGGAGUAUAUUCCACCAGUAGAAGUUGAAGUUGUCACCAAACGAUACACUAUUCCAUUAGACGAAAAUGAGGGAAUAUAUGUCAGAGACAUCAAAACUGGAAGGGUGAGAUUAGUAUGUGGAGAGGCCUAUAUGUUAAACCAGGAUGAAGAGUUAUGGAACAAAGAACUACCUACUGUAGUAGAAGAACUCCUAAGUGGAUAUCGUGAUCCAUUAGCCGACAGAGGUGAUUGGAACAAACAAGCAAGUGCUGCAGCUAUAACCAGAAGUGCUACUGAAGCUCGUGACAAAACCAAAGUUGUCACAUUAAGAGUGCCCCACAAUGCUGCAGUUCAAGUGUAUGAUUAUAAAGAAAAGAAGGCCAGGGUUAUAUUUGGGCCAGACUUGGUAAUGCUAGGGCCUGAUGAACAGUUCACCCAACUUAGCUUAUCUGGUGGAAAACCUAAACGACCUAAUGUUAUCUGCUCUCUUUGUCUCUUGCUCGGGCCAGAUUUUUGCACCGAUAUAGUUUUUGUUGAAACAGCCGACCAUGCUCGUCUUCAGCUACAGUUGGCAUAUAAUUGGCAUUUUGAGACUUUUAAUAAAAGCCAAGAAACGGCUGCAAGCCUCUUCAGUGUUCCGGAUUUCGUGGGGGACUUGUGUAAGGCUAUAGCUUCACGGAUCAGGGGUACUGUGGCCAGUGUAACUUUUGAUGAUUUUCACAAGAACUCUGCAAAAAUAAUCCGCACAGCUGUGUUUGGAUACGACGAGAACCUUAAGAUGAGGAACCAGUUCGGGUUUCCUCAGAACAACCUAAUGAUCACAAGCGUAGACAUCCAAAGUGUGGAACCUGUGGAUCAGAGGACAAGAGACUCAUUACAGAAGUCUGUACAGCUGGCUAUUGAGAUUACUACACAGAGUCUAGAGGCUACUGCUAGGCAUGAGGCAGAGAGGCGUGAACAAGAAGCCAAAGGACGUCUUGAAAGACAGAAGAUCAUGGAUGAAGUGGAAGCCGAACAUGCUAGAAAAGAACUGCUUGAGCUACAGGCUUCUAGUAUGGUGGUGGAGAGCUGUGGGCAAGCCAAAGCAGAUGCCCAAAGUCGUGUUGAAUCACAACUGAUAGAGGGCAAAUCUGGAGUUGAAAAAGCCAAAUUGAAAGCAGAGGCUUUGAGAAUUGAAGCAGAAACUGAACUAGAACGACUGACUCGUGCAAGACAAGCUGAGAUUCAAUAUCUUCAGGAACAGAAUAAUUUAGAAGUGAAAAAAGCUGAAAAACUAGCAGAUAUUGAUAUUCAGAAGUUCAAAAAUGUAGUGGGUUCUUUGGGUCAAGAAACAAUUCGUUCCAUUGCUCAGGCAGGUCCUGAAUUAGAGGUGAAGCUCUUACAAGGGCUCGGCAUCCAAUCAGCAUUAAUUACAGAUGGCGUAACUCCUCUUAACCUCUUUAGUACAGCAAAAGGACUUAUUGGAGUCAAAUCACCUCAGCACAAAGAAGAAGAGUAGACCAAGUUAUUAAAUUGACACAACACACAGGAAUUUAUACUGAUUGACAGACUAUCAUCAUCUUAAAUUCUUAAUUAGAAUUUCAAUCACCUGCAUGUUUGAUUAAUCAUGAAAAUUUUUUAUAUGAGCUGUAAUUAGUCUUAGUAACAGUUAAUAUAAAUUAAGAUGACAAUAAAAAGAUCACAAAUAGUUGUUGAUAAUUGACUACAGUGUUUUGAUGCAAUUGUAAUUUAGACACCCGUGUUUUUGUUUAUUUUCUGAAAUGUGAAAAUUUUUUUUUUGCUCACAAAUUCCUCAGUCUUAAAUGAUAAAAUGUUAAUCAUUAAAAUGAUUACUUGAGUAAUCCUGUCAGUUCAAAAUUAGGGACAGCUAGCAUAGAUACUCCUUAUGUAACUUUGCAUGAAUAUUUGAAACAAACCAAUCUAAUAUGUAAUGUAUUUGAACUUUUACUAUGUUUUCAACAAAUUAAACAUACUACAAGGUUA